AUGGGCGGUCCAAGCCAGAAGGCGCCGAUUGCCUCUAAUGACAAGACCACAACACAUCCUCCAGCAUCGGCGUUACAGUCAUUCCUCGCAGCGCACGCUCCAGCCUCAAAUUCGAUCUACCCAUCCGCAAUCCAUUAUCUGACUCUCCAAAUCGCUCAUAACCUCCGAUAUCAACACAAUUGGCGCGACAUCCGUCUCCACACGCGACCUGCAUCCAUCAUAUCCACCACUCCCAAGCAAUCUCCAUCACGACCUCUCCUUUCCGGCCUACCGCCUCGACGCGUCUACACACAUCCAGAUGAACAAAUCGAUAUCCUUCAGACGCACAAAACUCAGCAAAAGCAACAAAGCAAAGAAUCUACCUCCACCACUUCAACAGCCUCCAUCCCACCCGAACCGGUUGCCCAGCGUGAAUGGGUCCUUCCGUCACAUAUUCGCGAGAAAUGGACUCUUCGGCAUUUCGGCGCGGCAUUCGAUGGGAUUUCAGCCGAGCCAAACCCUAGUGAAGGCGAGCGAAAUCGCGCGGAGUUCGUAGCGAUCGCGGAGCGCUGGCGGAAAGACGCGCCGAAGCGAGUACUGUUGGCCACGGUGCAUGAGGACAGUACAGUGGUGUACUAUAUCAUCCAUGAUGGGAUUGUAAAGCCGAGACAGAAUUGA